AAAAAAAAACAAAUUCAAAAUCGUAUCGAAAAAUUAAUGGAGAUGAAAUAUUUAAUGAUGACAGUAUUGUUUUUUGGAGUAAUGUUGCAAGAAGGCAUGAGUCAAACUAGGGAUUCAUCAUCAUGUAUGAGCAAGUUACUCCCAUGUAUGAAUUAUUUAAAUGAAGCAAAAGGUGAUCCACCACAAAGUUGUUGUAAUCCAUUAAAAGAAGUAAUUAGAAAAAUGCCAGAAUGUUUAUGUCAAAUGGUAAGUAUUAAAGGGAGUAAAGCAGCAGAACAAGCUGGAAUUGAUGUUAAUGAGGCACAAAUGUUACCUGCUAAAUGUGGACAGCCUGUUAAUUAUAUGGGAUGUCUUAAAGGUGCAUCAAAUUCUGCUGGAAAAUCAAUGGGGAUCACUAUAACCAUGACAGUAUUUUUGGUUGUUGUUUCUAUGAUUUUAUUUCAAUUUUUGUGAUAAUCAUCGUUAUGUUAUUACUUUUUUGCAUUAAUUGUUGAAUAUUGAAUUAAUUUACAUUUUAUUUGCUUUGGUGUUAUAUUUAAUAUCUCAAUUGUAUGAUCUAUCGACAUGCUUUCUCUAUUUUAGUGAGGCAAAAAUUGUUUAUUGUAGAAUGUAGACUAAUCAGGCAAUUUUCG